AUGGUUUGUCAGUUCCACCACACAAAACUCCUCAAAAGAGCAGGGAGGGCAAGCAAGCAAGAUGGUAUUCAUACCACCAUACCUGAUGCCAACUUUCAGCUCAAGAACUGUGCACAUGCAUCUGACCAGGAUCCAGGCCUGCAUACUGGCCUUGCCUACUUUGUUGCCAAUGGCCCUUACAAUGAGCACAUACUUUGGUUUGCUAUGCAAGAAGAUGUGCAUCUGCAUGACUAUGCCUUUGUGCCCAACAUGAAUUUGUAUGCCCUUGUGGUGUGGGCAAUUUGCAAAAAGGCAAGCACUAUUUCCCCCUUUCAGCUCCUUUCCAUGGUCAUUUCCUAUGACAUUGCCUGUCAAUGGAAACUCAACCUUGCCCAAAGGAUAGACCAGCUCCCCAAACAUCUAUGUCUCCCCCUUGCCAUCAUCACGUCAUCAUUUGUGUUCAGUAUUCCAAAGUUCCAUGCCCCUGCCCAUUCUGCCUCAUGUGCUAUACCCCAUUCUCUCAAUCUUCUGCCUGGUGUUGGCUGCACUGAUGGUGAAGGGGUCAAGUGUAACUGGUCAGAGAUCAAUUGUGUCACAAAUAGUACAAAAGAAAUGACAUCCAGUGUGAGGCAUGAUACCAUCAAUGACCACUUCAGCCAUCACAACUUCAGAAAGCUUGUUGGUCUCAAUGUGAUUGCAGUUCCAACCAAGGCUGAGGUUCACUCCCGGCUGGCUGCUGAUGACAAGGCUGCAGCUGCUUGUGGGGAAUUCAGCCACCAUAAAAUGUCCCCAAGCAGCUUUGUUUCUUUUGGGUUGACAAUUGAAGAAACUCAGUAUUUUUGCAAAAUUCAAGUGGUUUACAUGAUUGGCAUUGAGAGUAUUGUUCAACAGUCUGAAGAUCCUGAAGCUGAAGCCAAAGCCAUCCACUUGUGCAUGCCAUCAGAGUUGUCUCCAACUGAGUGCAUGUCUAUCUCUGAUGACAUUUCUGUCAUCAAAGUGCAACUUAGAGAGGUGCAAUACUCAUUUCAUCAAAUAUUGAAACACAAACAUCUGUGGCCAAAGGGCAAAUACUCACACAAAGACACUGAUAAACACACUCUCCUCAAAGAUUGGCAGAGUCAUACAGAAGUACCAGGUUCCUGGGAGGAAGAGCUGCAGCCACUGCAAAUGAAGGAUGUGUGUGGACUGACUGCAUCUACAUUGGGUGACAUUGAUGAUCCAAAUGCCAUCAUUGGUUCCAAUGGCUGCCAAAGGUCCAAGAAGCAGCACAAGGCUUUAAGACAUGGCUUGGGUGAGGGAUAUAGAACAAUGUCUUGGAUCUGGGCAUGUGGGACAGUGGCAAGCAGUGAUGAGGGGAUGAUCGAAGAGUGGGCAAAAGCCCAUGUCCAAGCAGCACACUGGUCUGAAGAGGUUGAACUUUUGCUGGAAGAAAUGUGGCACACAGAAAAAUUCCUCAAGUACAAGGCACAGUGGUGGAAGCAGUGUAGGGAACCCCCCAGUGGUGUCAUGGUUGAUAGCCUUAUUGACAGGCCACUCUGCAACACCAGCUCUCUGAUCAUUUUAGCAUGCUUUGGCAUUGAGCAAGGACCAACAUUGAGUGUGUAUGAGUUGGGGGACAGUGAUCUGGAGGACAACAAUCUGAAUAGCAGUGCAUAUGAGGUGGGGGACAAUGAUUUGAAUGGCAGUGUGUAUGAGGUGGGGGACAAUGAUCUGGAGGAUGACAGGACAGAUGAGGAUCAAUAUCUGCAGUUGGAAGAUUGUCCUGCUAUUUCCAAAUGUCUAAAUCUACAGACUCUGGUGACCAGGGACCUCAAUACUGAAGUGAUCUUCUUCAAAGACCUCUUCACAUGUGACAUCACCAUGGAUGGGGAAGUGGAACUGUAUUUGAUAUGGGGGGAUGGAGGGAUGAUUCUGUUCAUCCAAGAGGCCAGGACCAACAUGAGCCAUGAUGAAAUCCCAAUCACAUUCCUACCCUUACCACCCCUGUGGAACCCAAUGGAUGCCAACCACUGGUUGGAACUGUCAAUGGGAAUUGAAUGGUGGCUGGUGGACAUUGUGCAAGUGAUGAAUGUUCCUGAAUGGACAUGGGGUCAUGACAUGUUCUGGCUUGCAUAUAUUGGAGCAUAUCCAGCCUUCCCAUGCAGGAAAUGGGAGCCAUGGAACCCAAUCAUCCCACUGGAAGGACAGUUCAUCAAAGAAUGGCUUGCAAAGGAAGAGACUGAGGAUAUGUUCCCCCAUAAUACAUGCUGUCCUUUUCUACCCCUUCCCUUUGCUAAAAUGUCUGCUCUAUUCUUGGAAGUGACCAGUGGGGUAACAGUUUCAGAUAUUGGUGUCAUUGCCAUGUGCAGUGGGUAUCCAACCUACAUGAGCUGCAUGCCCAUAGUAUACCCUUGGCCAUACCAGGCUGUCAUACAUUCCUUGCCUGGCCUGGCCUUACCAUGGAUGUUCCAGCACACACCUGACAGCUGUGCUACACAUAACAUGGGAGACAGUUUCCAGGGCUCAUGGGUUCUGCAAAUUUGGCAACUAGACAUGUAG